CUUGGCGAAGCUAUCGUCUUGUGAAAGUUUAUUUACAGUAUGCUUGGUUGUGACGUGUGAUGUUGAUGGUUCAGUUACGUUGAUAAACGUUGAAAACUUUAAAUACUGAUUUGAUCGAAUUAAUCUACUUAAAAAUGGCUAUAUCAACUGGUGCUUCAUGCUUAUUAUCAACAUCCUUAUUUGUUCUGUUGUUUGCUGCAAUGCAAGUGUACCGUGUACAUUUAGCAUCAACUCAACUGAUGACAGUGUUAGGAGGUUUUCUAGGAUCAAUGCUUUUCAUGCUUGCCUUAACUGCAAUUGGUAAUCUUGAAACUAAUGUAUUUGGUAAAAAUUUUCACACCAAAUUAUUUCCUGAAGUUAUGAUUAGCAUGCUAGUUGCUGUGUUUGCCUCAGGUUUGGUUCACAGAGUUUGUAUUACAACAUGUUUCCUUUUCUCAUUGGUUGCUUUAUAUUACAUGAACAAAAUAUCUAUAAAAGUUUAUGGCUCAUCAGUGCCUACUGCAGUAGUUAAUCCUAUUCCAGAAAAAAAGAAGAGACGAUAGAACAACCUAUUUGUAAAUUUUUUGCAAUUUAUACCUUUUUGUACAACUUUAAUAAAUAUAUCUUUUCAAGUAAGA